AUGUCUGGAUACGGGUACAACCAAGGUGGAGGUGGAGGAUACGGACAGAAUGAGUACAAUGGCGGACAAGGCGGAUACGGGCAACAGCCUCCUUACCAGGGAGGAGAAGCCAGUCAGUACUAUGGUGGCGGUGGACAAGGAGGACCACCACCUCAAGGUUAUCCCCCACAACAGGGCGGAUACCCACCGCAGGGCGGAUAUGAUGCCAAUGCUCCUCCUCAGUACCAGCAGUACCCCUCUACCGCCACGCACUCGUCCAACUCCGGCCGCAACUCGCACAACCAAGGCUACCAGAACCAGUAUGGCGGAGAAGGUGACCCAGAGGGUGAACGUGGUAUCAUGGGCGGCCUUGCUGGUGCAGCAGCAGGAGGCUACGGCGGCCACGCCCUAGGCGGCAAAUCUGGUCACGGUACCGCCGGCGCCAUUGUAGGAGCCCUCGCCGGUGCCUUUGCCGGCCACAAGACCCAAGACGCCGUCGGAGAGCGAUGGGACGAGCACAAGGAAAAGAAGAAGGAAGAAGAAGAGCGACGCCGCUGGGAGGAAGAAGAAGAACGCCGUCGUAAAUACGGCGGAGGUGCCGCUGCCGGCGCUGCCGCCGGCGCCGGCUUCGCACAUCAUCAAUCGCACGACCAAGAGCGCUCUGCCGGCGACUUUGGCGGCAACUUCUCUGCCUCGUCCCAAGACAUCCGUCUCGACGCCCACGGCGACUACGUCUUGCACGCCCAGUGCCGCCGCACCGACGGCUCAGUCCAAGCCUCGUCUAUUGCGCUGAACCGCUACCUCGCCAACGACGACGGUUCCUUCCGCUGGUCCGGCUCCUCGACCGACCGCAGCUCCGGUAGCGAAAACACCUACACCGUCCAGCAAGGCGACACGCUCCGCGCUAUUGCCUCGCGCUACUCGCACUGCUCCUUUGAUGAGCUCGCCAGACACAACAACAUUUCCAACCCCGAUCAAAUCUGGCCAGGCCAGAACUUGAGGAUUCCAACCGGAGGCGGUGGCGGUGGUAGCUCUGGUGGCUUUGCGUCGUCGGCAAGGAAUGUGAGGUUGGUUGGUGGCGGGCAGAGGCUCGAGGCUGAGCUCGAGAGUCGUGGGGAGUGGAGGCGUAGGGAGAUUAAUCUUGAUGAGAGGAUUAGUAACCGGGAUGGGUGUUUGGUGUUUGUUUAG